AUGAAAGAGAGCAAGAGAUCUGAUAGUGAAGCUUUUUCAUUAGCAAAGUAUAAAGUAGCUCGAAAUGGAGUAAACUGGGAAGAACAGUUGCAACUUAUGCACUGUUUGAAGAAUGAUCUACAAAGCUGUGCACGAACUACCAUUUUAAAUGCUGUGAAAAACACAGUCCAUCCACCUACACAAGUGGUCUACCAGGAUAAUCCAGACGUAAACUUUGUCAAGUCCAACCACUUCUGCUAUGCCAUUGUUGUCGUGGGUGAGAUACCCUACGCAGAGAUGUUUGGUGAUAGUGCAAACCUUACAAUAGCUGACCCUGGUACGAGCAUCAUAUCCAAUGUCUGUGGGGUUGUGAAGUGUGUGGUAGUUGUCAUUUCUGGGCGUCCAGUUGUGAUGGAACCAUAUCUUGCAAAUAUAGACGCCCUCGUGGCUGCUUGGCUUCCAGGAAUUGAAGGACAAGGUGUUGCUGAUGUUCUGUUUGGUGACUAUGGAUUCACUGGCAAACUCAAGCGCACUUGGUUCAAGUCAGUUGAUAAGCUUCGCAUGAAUGUUGGUGAUCCACAUUACUAUCCUUUGUUUCCUUUUGGAUUUGGUCUCACUAUUGAGCCUCUUGAGCUAAAAUUCACCAAUAGGCCCGGAGCAUUAACUCCCUCACUCUCCCAACAUCCCAGCCAACUUCCAAUAAAUGGCUCCUACCCCAUCUCCUAUACACCACCUGGAGAUGACCCGUUAAACUUCACUUCUAUUAAAAAAAAUUCAAAAACAAGAAAAAAGAUAAUUCACCAUUGAGCCCGGACCAGUAACUCCCGCACCGUACCAAAAUCCCAACCAACUCCCAAUAAAUGGCUCCUAUCUCAGUCCAGCUGAAUUAAUUACUGAAUCUACUCAACAAAAAAAUGGAUUUAUCUAAU